UGCGCAGCGUCAGCGUCGCUCCGUCGUGUCUGUCCCCGGAUCUGUGUGUGUGUCUCCCGGCGGUGGAUCCUCCAGCAGCGCUCCUUCUGCGUCUCCAGGCCGAACAAAGCAGCUGAUCUUCGGCCUCUUGGGCAGCGCAGCGGGGCCUGACCUGGCUCGGCUCGGCUCGGCUCGCCUCCCCCCCCUCUGCGGCCCGCAGCGCGCGCUCAGCCUCCCGCAGGCCUCGGCCUGGACUCCCGCUUUUCUCCCGGAAAAUGGACGGAUUCACCGGCAGUUUAGAUGACAGUAUGUCCGGAGCGAGUGUCUCAGAUGUUAACGACCGUCUCUCGUCUCUGGAGCUCCGCGUCCAGCAGCAGGAAGACGAGUUGACGGUGAUGAAAGCGGCGUUGGCGGACGUCCUCCGCCGCCUCGCCGCCUCUGAAGUCUCGGCGGCCGCGGCCAAGAAACAGCCCGCAGGGAAAGGGGGCGGAGCUUCUAUGCGUGAAGCCUACUCCAUGUCCUGCAUCUCUAACGGAGGAACGCCCGGACGCAAGAGAGAAUCCACCUCGGUCACCAGGAAGGGGACACUGUCCUCUGCUGCCAAGAGCGGAGCGGACAGGAAGGAGGUCAGCAGCUCUCCGAUGGAGGAGAUCCGGGAGGGGGAGGAGCCUUCUCGCCCAAAGGACCCGCCCCCCUCCGUCUCCCCCUCCUCCCCCCUCCCCCUAACCCCCCAGCAACAGAAACCUGCUCUGUCCGCUGACAUCAGUAAAGGCCACGCCCUCCCCAAAAGAGGAAACAGUGUGAAGCGUUCCUCAGGGAUGGAGCGUUCUCAGAGCAGCACCUUUGACACUUCAGAGGAAAACAGGAACAAACUUGUGAAAGCUGCGUCAACAUCCAAGCUGCUCGCCAAGGUGGUGAAGAAUGCCGACAGACACAAAGACCCAGUUGUCAGUCAAGCCAAAAUGUCGACACGAGAGAAAAACAGCCAAGCUGAGGGGAACCACAUUAAGAUGUUCAUGCGUGGGCGACCGAUCACCAUGUUCAUCCCUUCAGACGUGGAGAACUACGAUGACGUUCGGACAGAACUUCCUUCAGAAAGACUCAAGCUGGAGUGGGUCUAUGGUUACCGCGGCAGAGACUGCCGAGCAAAUGUUUACCUCCUUCCGACGGGGGAAAUCGUUUACUUCAUCGCCUCAGUCGUGGCUCUGUUUAACUACGAAGAGCGGACCCAGAGACAUUACCUCGGACACACCGACUGUGUCAAGUGUCUGGCCAUCCAUCCGGAUAAGAUCCGCAUUGCUACCGGACAAAUCGCAGGAGUGGACAAAGACGGACGGGCGCUGCAGCCUCACGUUCGUGUCUGGGACAGCGUCAGUCUCUCCACGCUGCAGGUCGUCGGGUUGGGAACGUUUGAGCGAGGCGUCGGCUCGCUGGCUUUCUCCAAAGCUGACUCGGGGCAGCACCUGAGCGUUAUCGACGACUGUAACGAUCACAUGCUGACCGUUUGGGAUUGGCAGAAGAAGUCAAAGAUCGCUGAGAUCAAGACCACUAACGAGGUGGUCCUGGCCGUGGAGUUCCACCCGACCGACCCGAACACCAUCGUCACCUGCGGGAAGUCCCACAUCUUCUUCUGGACCUGGAGCGGGAACUCUCUGGCUCGCAAACAGGGCAUCUUCGGGAAAUACGAGAAGCCGAAGUUCGUCCAGUGUCUGGCCUUCCUGAGUUCUGGAGACAUCCUGACUGGAGACUCUGGAGGAAUCCUGCUGGUCUGGACCCGGACCGCCGCCGAGACCCCCGGAAAGGGCCCCCGAGCGUUUCAGAUCAGCCGGCAGGUCAAAGGUCACGAGGGCAGUGUGUUCUGUCUGUGUGAGAUGCGGAGCGGCACUCUGCUGACUGGAGGAGGAAAAGACCGGAAGAUCAUCCUCUGGGACCAUGAACUGAGAACAGAGAGAGACAUCGAGGUCCCAGAUCAGUACGGAACCAUCCGAGCGCUGUCUGAGGGGAAAGGGGAGGAGUUUUUGGUCGGGACGUCCCGUAACUUCAUCCUGAGAGGAAGCUUCAACGACGGCUUCCUGGUGGAGGUCCAGGGACACACAGAUGAGCUGUGGGGUCUGGCGUCCCACCCGUCCUCCUCCGUGUUUCUGACGUGUGCUCAGGACCGCCUCGUCUGCGUCUGGAGCUCCGAGGAUCACCGUCUGCAGUGGAGCCGCACGCUGGAGGAACACGGUCACUGUGCAGACUUCCAUCCCAGCGGAGCGGUGGUCGCCAUAGGAACACACUCAGGAAAGUGGUAUGUUCUGGAUGCAGAGACCACCGACCUGGUAGCGAUCCACACCGACGGGAACGAGCAGCUGUCAGUGAUGCGCUUCUCCGUCGAUGGCACCCUAUUGGCUGUUGGAUCUCACGAUAACUUUAUUUACCUCUACAACGUCUCCGAGAGAGGACGCAAGUACAGCCGCUACGGGAAGUGCUCGGGACACUCGAGUUACAUCACCCACCUGGACUGGUCACCUGACAACAACUUCAUCAUGUCCAACUCUGGAGACUACGAGAUCCUGUACUGGGACGUUCCAAACGGCUGUAAACUGAUCAGAAAUCGCUCCGAGUGCAAAGACAUCGACUGGGCGAGCUACACCUGCGUGCUGGGAUACCACGUCUUUGGUGUUUGGCCCGAGGGUUCAGACGGCACCGACAUCAAUGCUCUGAUCAGAUCUCACAACAGGAAGGUGAUCGCUCUCGCUGACGACUUCUGCAAAGUUCACCUGUUCGCCUACCCAUGCUCCACGCCCAAGGCUCCCAGCCAUAAGUACAGCGCCCACAGCAGUCAUGUGACCAACGUCAGCUUCCUGUUUAACGACAGUCACCUGAUCUCGACGGGGGGGAAGGACACCAGCAUCAUGCAGUGGCGUCUGGUGGAGAAAUCUUCUCUCUCGCUGCCCGACGGCCUCCUCUCUAACUCCGCCCCCCACCGGGCCGACCCGCUGUUUACCCCGCCCCCCACUGCUGCAGCCACGCCCCCACAGGCCCCGCCCCCUCCGCCGACAGCCAAUGGGACACAGGAAGCGUCCCCAGACUCGCCUCCGCCCACAGAUGUGGCCCCGGCGCUGUCAGCGUUAACCCCACCCCCCGCUGAGCUGACCCCGCCCCCCUCAGACAGCACUCUGAGUCUGAAGGACAGCCUGGAGCCCAGCGACGACACGGCCACGCCCCCACUCACCCCCCCCUCAUAGACAGGAAGUGCUUCAGAGAUCUGUGAGGGCUAAUGUUCUGGAUGAAUGGGGUAGUUGUUUGGUCUCUAAAAUGUCAGAAAAUGAUGAAAAAUGUGGAUCAGUGUUUCCCAAAAAGCCCAAGAUGAUGUCCUCAGAUGUCUCUGAGAGGCUGAGCUCAUUUUCUGACAUUUUAAGGAUUAAUUGGAAGAUCUGAAUAUUGGGAGAUGGUUUUCUGUUGAUCGUUGCAGCUCUAAGCUUUGUCAAGAUGUGAAAGAUUAUCGUGUUGAGUUCAGGGGUCCUGGGAGAUUUCUGCUUUUGAAACUAAAUGUUUCACUUUUUUACGAGACAAUAGAAAGCUUUUGGUCUGAACCUGCAGGACUUAAACGUCUUUUAGGAACUGCUUUUUGUUUUUUUUAACAUGAUCAUGUUUAAUUUUCGGCUGAAGAAAGAUUAUCGAUCAGAGGAAUCAUGUAAAAUGAGCUGCAGACUGUAAAUGGAAAAGUUGAAUUCACUCGUUGGACACGACUUUGUUGUGCUUUUAUUUUGUUAAACUGCCAAUCCAGGAAGGGACAGUACUCGAGGCUUUUAAUGUGAAACAUUGCAGGAAAUAUAAACUUUACAGUUCAAACCUUCAAAAUAAAAUCAAACAACUGAAAGAGAGACGUCUUUCUCUCAGAGAUCUGUUUGUAUAUUCUGCAGAUAUUUCUGUGUAUAUUUCGGUUUUCCACCGGUGGGGGGGGCAGCUACACUGUAAACACUCACAUCUCUCAGCCAAUCAGCUCACAGGAAGCCUCCUGUGAUUGGCUGCUUUUCAGCGACUCCUUGAACGACUGCUGAUGUUUGUUUAUGUCUCUCUGGACCAUUUCUGUUCCAAAUGUUUCCUGAAUGUCAUGAUGUCAAGAUGAUGUCACUCUGGGAGGGGGGGGGGGGAAUGUUUUUGCCUUUUUAAUACUCUUCAUCUUUAAUAUCUUAAUGUUUUCUACGCUCGUCUCUCUUCGGACUGGACAGAGUUCAGGGAGGGGCGGGGCUAAUGUGGGAGGGGAGGGGCUAAUGUGGGAAGGGAGGGGCUAACGUGGGAGGUUGUGGGGUAACGUGGGAGGUCGUGGGGUAACAUUGGAGGGCGGGACUAACCCUGGAGGGGCGGGGCUAACUGUUUCUGUAACGACAUGAUGAUGAUGAUGUUCAUGUGACUGCUUUGAGCCAAUCAUGUCUUCUCUCAUACAUUCCUGUCAGACGACAGACUGUACUGAAGAUUUCAACAAAAAAAUGCAAAUAAAUGUUUUUAAAACCGA